GCGGCGGCGGCAGAGGCGGCAGCGAGCGCCCGCGCUCCGACGCCCCCAGGCGGUGGGGCUGAGAGAGCCGAAGGAUGGCUCCGAGCGCUGACCCCGGCGUGUUCAGAAUGUUACUGUUCUUGUUGCUGCUGUGGUUUCUACCCCCCACUGAGGGGUCCCAGAGGGCUGAACCCAUGUUCACUGCAGUCACCAACUCGGUUCUGCCCCCUGACUAUGACAGCAACCCCACCCAGCUCAACUAUGGUGUGGCAGUUACUGAUGUGGACCACGAUGGGGACUUUGAGAUCGUUGUGGCAGGGUACAACGGCCCCAACCUGGUUCUGAAGUACGACCAGGCCCAGAAGCGGCUGGUGAACAUCGCGGUGGACGAGCGCAGCUCACCCUACUAUGCACUGCGGGACCGGCAGGGGAACGCCAUCGGCGUCACAGCCUGCGACAUCGACGGGGAUGGCCGGGAGGAGAUCUACUUCCUCAACACCAACAAUGCCUUCUCGGGGGUGGCCACAUACACGGACAAGUUGUUCAAGUUCCGCAAUAACCGGUGGGAAGACGUCCUGAGUGACGAGGUCAACGUGGCCCGCGGCGUGGCCAGCCUCUUUGCCGGACGCUCUGUGGCCUGUGUGGACAGGAAGGGCUCUGGACGCUACUCCAUCUACAUCGCCAAUUAUGCCUAUGGCAAUGUGGGCCCUGAUGCCCUCAUUGAAAUGGACCCCGAGGCCAGCGACCUCUCCCAGGGCAUUCUGGCACUCAGAGAUGUGGCUGCUGAAGCUGGGGUCAGCAAAUAUACAGGGGGCCGGGGUGUCAGCGUGGGCCCCAUCCUCAGCAGUAGUGCCUCGGAUAUCUUCUGCGACAACGAGAACGGGCCCAACUUCCUCUUCCACAACCGGGGUGACGGCACCUUCGUGGAUAUCGCGGCCAGUGCUGGUGUGGACGACCCACACCAGCACGGGCGAGGUGUCGCCCUGGCCGAUUUCAACCGUGAUGGCAAAGUGGACAUCGUCUACGGCAACUGGAACGGCCCCCACCGCCUCUAUCUGCAGAUGAGCGCCCAUGGAAAGGUCCGCUUUCGGGACAUCGCUUCACCCAAGUUCUCCAUGCCCUCCCCUGUCCGCACGGUCCUUGCUGCUGACUUUGACAAUGACCAGGAGCUGGAGAUCUUCUUCAACAACAUUGCCUACCGCAGCUCCUCAGCCAACCGCCUCUUCCGCGUCAUCCGCAGGGAGCACGGAGACCCCCUCAUCGAGGAGCUCAACCCUGGUGAUGCCUUGGAGCCUGAGGGCCGGGGCACAGGGGGCGUGGUGACUGACUUCGAUGGAGAUGGGAUGCUGGACCUCAUCUUGUCCCAUGGAGAGUCUAUGGCUCAGCCGCUGUCUGUCUUCCGGGGGAAUCAGGGCUUCAGCAACAACUGGCUGAGAGUGGUGCCUCGCACCCGAUUUGGGGCCUUUGCCCGGGGGGCUAAGGUCGUGCUCUACACCAAGAAGAGCGGGGCCCACCUGAGGAUCAUCGACGGGGGCUCGGGCUACCUGUGCGAGAUGGAGCCUGUGGCACACUUCGGCCUGGGGAAGGAUGAAGCCAGCAGCGUGGAGGUGACGUGGCCAGAUGGCAAGAUGGUGAGCCGCAGCGUGGCCAGUGGGGAAAUGAACUCGGUACUGGAGAUCCCCUACCCCCAGGAUGAGGAGAAACUUCAAGAUCCAGCCCCACUGGAGUGCGGCCAAGGAUUCUCCCAGCAGGAAAAUGGCCAUUGCAUGGACACCAAUGAGUGCAUCCAGUUCCCAUUCGUGUGCCCUCGAGAAAAGCCCGUAUGUGUCAAUACCUAUGGAAGCUACAGGUGCCGGACCAACAAGAGGUGCAGUCGGGGCUACGAGCCCAACGAGGAUGGAACUGCCUGUGUGGAAACCAACGGAGCCAUGGACUGAAGAUGAUGGAACCACAAAAAAGCACCUGAGUCCCUGAAUCACUACCUGAAGGAGAUCUACCUGCUGAUCAGG